GGUACAAGGCUGCAGAGGAAAGCAUGCAGAGGGUGAUAAAUUUGGGACCCCAAUACUGAGGCAAGGAAGCUGAUUGGGGAUACGGGUUUGUUGGACCAUUUGCUCAAACACAUGGCGGGCAAGGUGGAGCCCAGAGGUUUAGGCGGCGGCACAAUGCUGAUGGAGCCAUGGAGUAUGCAGUGCUGCUAACAAUGGAGCAAAAUAAGAUUAGAGAAAAACUUAGGGAAAUAAUGGAGGAACAAAUUGGGAUGCUGAAAUCAAGCAGGGAAGAACCACUAAGUAUCUCAGAAGCACCACCGCCAUCAGACACUGAUCAAAGAGCAGAGACAAAAUCAAAGGGUGGGGAGCAGCAAGAAGAAGAAGAUAAGCUUCAAGGAGGAGACAAUAAUGCAGCAGCCAGAGCAACUCAUGAGGACAAGGCAGAUAUGUUGAAGGCUAAGACAGAGGAAGGGGAAGAUGGAAAUACAAGCAAAUGAUGAGUCUUCAAAGCAGCAGCAGCAUGACGAGCCGACAAGGUGGUGCUCUUCUUCAUCUCCUUCCACUACUCCCACAUGGAUGGGACAGAAAUGGUGGCUUGCCAUGGCAACUCCUAGCCCUUCUGUGAAUAAUUACUCUCUCUCUCUCUCUCUCUCUCUCUCACGUGUACGGUUAUUGU